CUGCGCGCCGAGCCGAGCCGAGCUAGGGAGGGAUGGAGAGCGGGCCGCCCGGGCUACAGGAGCACCGGCAAGGGGCGUAGGCGGGCGAGAAAAGGGCGCUGGGGCACGAUAAGUGUGCAAACGCAGGAGCACUUUGCGAUAGGAUGAGGCUCUUGGCUGGCGCGCGGUAGUACUAUGAUUUGGUAUGUGGCCACUUUGAUAGCAAGUGUGAUCAGCACCCGAGGUCUUGCGGCUCAAGGUGCCCACGGCCUGCGAGAGGAACCCGAGUUUGUGACUGCUCGAGCCGGUGAGGGUGUUGUCCUGAGAUGCGACGUAAUCCAUCCAGUGACGGGACAGCCCCCGCCCUAUGUUGUAGAGUGGUUCAAGUUUGGGGUCCCCAUCCCUAUCUUCAUCAAGUUUGGCUACUAUCCCCCACACGUGGACCCUGAGUAUGCAGGCCGGGCCAGUCUUCACGACAAAGCAUCUCUGCGGCUGGAGCAGGUACGCUCGGAGGACCAGGGCUGGUACGAAUGCAAAGUCCUCAUGCUGGACCAGCAGUAUGACACAUUCCACAACGGCAGCUGGGUCCACCUCACCAUUAAUGCCCCCCCCACCUUUACAGAAACACCCCCCCAGUACAUUGAGGCCAAGGAAGGUGGAAGUAUUACCAUGACUUGCACCGCUUUUGGGAACCCUAAGCCCAUUGUCACCUGGCUCAAGGAAGGGACCCUCCUCGGUGCUAGUGGAAAGUACCAGGUGAGUGACGGCAGCCUGACAGUGACAUCGGUCAGUCGGGAAGACAGAGGCGCCUAUACCUGCCGAGCGUACAGCAUCCAGGGUGAGGCUGUGCAUACAACUCAUCUGCUUGUUCAAGGGCCUCCCUUCAUUGUUUCCCCUCCUGAGAACAUCACAGUCAACAUCUCCCAGGAUGCUCUGCUUACCUGCAGGGCAGAGGCGUAUCCUGGCAACCUCACCUACACCUGGUACUGGCAGGAUGAAAAUGUCUACUUCCAGAAUGACCUGAAGCUAAGGGUGCGGAUCCUGAUUGACGGGACGCUGAUCAUCUUCCGAGUGAAGCCAGAGGAUGCUGGAAAGUAUACCUGUGUCCCUAGCAACAGCUUGGGGCGCUCCCCUUCUGCCUCAGCAUACCUGACUGUGCAGUACCCAGCCCGCGUCCUCAACAUGCCCCCUGUCAUUUAUGUGCCCGUGGGAAUCCAUGGCUAUAUCCGCUGUCCUGUGGAUGCAGAGCCACCCGCGACUGUGGUGAAGUGGAAUAAGGAUGGCCGGCCACUGCAGGUAGAGAAGAACUUGGGGUGGACCUUGAUGGACGAUGGCUCUAUUCGCAUUGAGGAGGCCACAGAGGAGGCUCUUGGCACUUACACCUGUGUGCCUUACAACACCUUGGGGACUAUGGGCCAGUCUGCCCCUGCUCGGCUUGUCCUAAAGGACCCCCCGUAUUUCACGGUGCUACCAGGCUGGGAGUACAGGCAGGAGGCCGGCCGGGAGCUGCUCAUUCCCUGCGCAGCUGCAGGGGACCCCUUCCCUGUCAUCACCUGGAGGAAGGUAGGGAAGCCCAGCAGAAGCAAGCACAACGCCCUGCCCAGCGGGAGUCUCCAGUUCCGUGCCCUGAGUAAGGAGGACCACGGGGAGUGGGAAUGUGUGGCCACCAAUGUGGUCACAAGCAUCACUGCCAGCACCCACCUCACUGUCAUCGGCACCAGUCCCCACGCCCCAGGCAGUGUCCGGGUCCAGGUCUCCAUGACAACUGCCAAUGUGUCCUGGGAGCCAGGCUAUGAUGGAGGCUACGAGCAGACAUUCUCAGUUUGGUACGGACCUCUGAUGAAGCGGGCUCAGUUUGGGCCCCACGACUGGCUGUCCUUGUCAGUGCCACCGGGCCCCAGCUGGUUGCUGGUAGACAGCUUGGAGCCUGAGACCGCAUACCAGUUCAGUGUCCUGGCCCAGAACAGGCUGGGAACCAGCGCCUUCAGUGAGGUGGUCACUGUGAACACUUUAGCAUUCCCCGUUACAACUCCAGAACCCCUGGUGCUGGUGACCCCACCAAGGUGCCUCACAGCCAACCGGACCCAGCAGGGUGUGCUCCUGUCCUGGCUCCCACCUGCCAACCACAGCUUCCCCAUUGACCGCUAUAUCAUGGAGUUCCGAGUUGGGGAGCGCUGGGAGAUGCUGGAUGAUGCCAUCCCAGGCACUGAUGGAGACUUUUUUGCCAAGGAUCUGUCACAGGAUACGUGGUAUGAGUUCCGGGUUUUGGCUGUCAUGCAGGAUCUCAUCAGCGAGCCCAGCAACAUCGCCGGCGUCUCCAGCACAGACAUCUUCCCACAGCCGGACUUGACCGAUGAUGGGCUGGCCCGGCCAGUGUUGGCUGGGAUAGUGGCCACCAUUUGCUUCCUGGCGGCCGCCAUCCUCUUCAGCACUCUGGCUGCCUGCUUUGUCAACAAGCAGCGGAAGCGGAAGCUCAAGCGGAAGAAAGAUCCUCCGCUCUCCAUCACUCACUGUAGGAAGAGUCUUGAGUCUCCCUUGUCUUCGGGCAAAGUGAGUCCUGAGAGCAUCCGCACUCUCCGACCCCCAUCUGAAUCCUCUGACGACCAGGGCCAGCCGGCAGCCAAGAGGAUGCUGAGCCCUACAAGGGAAAAAGAGCUGUCCUUGUACAAAAAGACCAAGAGGGCUAUCAGCAGCAGGAAGUAUAGCGUGGCCAAGGCUGAGGCUGAGGCGGAAGCCACCACACCCAUUGAGCUGAUCAGCAGAGGUCCCGAUGGCCGCUUUGUCAUGGGCCCUUCUGAAAUGGAGCCCUCCGUGAAGGGCCGGCGAAUCGAGGGCUUCCCCUUCGCUGAGGAGACGGACAUGUACCCCGAGUUCCGGCAGUCAGAUGAGGAGAAUGAAGACACCCUGGUGCCCACGUCUGUGGCUGCUCUGAAGCCUCAGCUGACCUCUAUGUCUUCCAGCCAGGACCCCUACCUGCCACCACCAGCAUACAGCCCUCGGUUCCAGCCUCGUGGGCUCGAGGGCCCCAGUGGACUGGGAGGACGGCUCCAGGCUACUGGCCAAGCGAGGCCCCCGGCCCCUCGGUCCUUCCACCACGGCCAGUAUUAUGGGUACUUGAGCAGCAGCAGCCCUGGGGAGGUGGAGCCUCCACCCUUCUAUAUGCCAGAAGUGGGAAGCCCCUUGAGCUCGGUCAUGUCAUCCCCACCCCUGCACACCGAGGGACCUUUUGGCCACCCCACCAUCCCUGAGGAAAAUGGAGAGAAUGCUUCCAACAGCACUUUGCCCUUGACUCAGACACCAACAGGAGGGCGCUCCCCUGAGCCCUGGGGCCGGCCAGAAUUUCCCUUUGGGGGACUGGAGACCCCAGCCAUGAUGUUCCCCCAUCAGCUGCACCCCUGUGAUGUGGCCGAGAGUUUGCAGCCCAAGGCCUGCCUGCCCCGAGGACUGCCCCCAACCCCCCUCCAGGUGCCUGCAGCCUAUCCAGGCAUGCUCUCUCUGGAGGCGCCCAAAGGCUGGGUUGGCAAGUCACCCGGCAGGGGCCCCAUUCCGGCGCCCCCUGCCACCAAAUGGCAGGACAGACCUAUGCAACCUCUGGUCAGCCAAGGGCAGCUAAGACAUACCAGCCAAGGUAUGGGGAUACCGGUGUUGCCUUACCCCGAGCCAACCGAGCCCGGGGGGCACGGUGGCCCCAGCACAUUUGGCCUGGAUACCCGGUGGUACGAGCCCCAGCCCAGGCCCCGGCCCAGUCCCCGGCAGGCCCGGCGUGCCGAGCCCAGUUUACAUCAAGUGGUGCUACAGCCCUCCCGGCUCUCACCUCUGACCCAAAGCCCCCUCAGUUCCCGCACUGGCUCCCCUGAGCUCGCUGCUCGAGCCCGACCUCGACCAGGCCUACUGCAGCAGGCUGAGAUGUCAGAGAUUACCCUCCAGCCGCCAGCUGCGGUCAGCUUCUCUCGCAAGUCCACACCGUCCACCGGAUCUCCUUCACAGAGCAGCCGCAGUGGGAGCCCCAGCUACAGACCCACCAUGGGCUUCACCACUCUGGCCACAGGCUACCCUUCUCCUCCACCGGGACCUGCCCCUCCGGCCCCAGGGGACAACUUGGAUGUGUUUGGACAGACGCCUUCCCCUCGGAGAAUGGGGGAGGAGCCACUCCAGCCAGAUCCCCCAACAACCUUACCUAGUUCAGGAAUACUUCCACCUGCACCCGGGAACGCUGCUGUGCCUGAGAGGCUGGAGGCUCUGAGAUACCAACGGAUAAAGAAGCCCAAAAAGUCAUCCAAGGGCUCUUCGAAGUCAAAGAAACGAUCCGACGGUUCUGCCUCCCAGGCUCAGCAGCUUCCCAACUCUCAGGUUCUGUCGCCCGACGAAGCUGUCUGCCUCCGAAAGAAGAAGAGACAUUCUCGUCCUGAUCCCUUUGCCCGACUGUCGGACUUAUGCCACCGUCAGCUUCCGGAAGACCAGACGGCGAUCCUCAACAGCGUGGAUCAUGAUGACCCAGGCCACGCUACUCUGCUAUGACUUGACGUCACUCUAAGUGUCCCCAGGGUGGGGUGCUAGGCCUAAGGGGCAGAGCGGGACCAUUGUACAGGGCCUUGUCCUCCUCUGCCCAUCAUAGGAUGGCGCAGGCCCUUGUCCGAUGUGUGGUCCUCCCCUGCCCGUGGGUCUCUCUCUCCCACCAUCUAGCUGGCUAGCCUUGCCCACAGGACAGAGGACUGGGGGAAGAGCUUUUAUCUGUGGGUCAGAUCUGGGAGUGUGUGAGGACAGGAAGCCUCUGUCUCAACACCAUCUCUCCCACCUUACUCGAUUCUUCUCACCUCUUCAAACGUCUUAGGAAGUGAGGAAGAGAAAAGCAAUGGCUUUUUACUACUCUGUGUUUGUUUCAGUUUUCUAAGUCCUGGGAGGGGGUUAGAAUUAUUUCCUAUCCUCCAAACUCCGCAUAUAUAUAGAUAUAGAUACAAAUACACUUGUGUGUAGUUGGUGGGUUUCUCUAUGUGUAUAUAUAUGUACAUUGAAGCAAAGUGCCGUCUCUCCCUGUGGUCGGUGAAGGACUGAACAGCUGGGCUUCGGGCGGCCUGUGGGCUGGUGGGUGCCCUCAUGUCUGUCUUGGGAGAUCAUUCCGGCUGAAAUAGGAGUCAUGCCUCUCAGCUGAAUUCACCAUCUUUCUUUCCAGCUUCUUCCAUCUAGAGCAGAAAAGGGACCUUGCUGUGAUUCCUAGCUCCCUGCUUGGGGUCAUAGCAACAAGUUACCCCUGAACUAAUCCCAAGCCUUUACUGCCUGCUUGCUAGGUGAGGCAAGCAUGGUCAGGCACAAGGCCAGAUUGGCAUCUUCCUUUCUGCUGCAUUUUGGCACUCACCCGAGAAGUAGCGGUUGUUUACCAGUGGGGCUGACAGGCAGUCCUGGUGUACAAUCCCUUGUUCAUGUGGCCAUGCCUCCAUCUCUUCUGGUCCAGCCAGGACUAGGAACCCCGAAGCCAAAGGCCCUCCUGUUCUGCAGCCACCUGUGCUGAGCACCGAGCUACCGCAGCUCUAUUUAUACCCGUCUUGGCUCUGAACUCAGAGCACUGCUCCCCCGCGGCCGAUUGGCUCCUCCUUUCCUUUUGUGUUUGCUAAUUCUCCAGAUUGAUUAAUUGCCAUUUGUGGGAGCUGCCUGCGGCUCCUUGGCAUACUCUCUGUGUGCUGCCUGCCAACUCUGCUUUGCCCUGGGGUCCUUCUCCACCCCCUGGACCCAAUCUCCAGUGCAUGAGAUGAAAAAGUGAGGGGACUUCAGGUUGUUGAGCUCUGGGGUGCCCUUUCCUCACUGCUCCUGCGUGGAGCUGGCUGAGGCACCGGGAUGAUGGAUGAUGGUGGAAGUAGAAGUGGGUAGGCACCAGGGCCCUAAUCCUUUCUCUGUACAAAUCCAGUCCUGGUUCAAACUGUCAGCAUCCCAACGUUUUCCUGAUGCCAUUUGUCAAUUCAGAUGCUUCUCUCUCUCCUUAAAAGGUUCUGAUGUUGCUCAAGAGUAGACAAGGGGAAGAGUGGGCCCUCCCUCUCCUUCCCUCCUGCUUUGCCUAAAGUAUAACUGUCAGCUUCCUGGAAGUAUUCCUUCUUGGUGCUGCUGAAUCCACCUCUCCCCAGAGACCUCCUCGGGCAUUAGCCCUGUCUGCUGGAAGGCUUCUGCUGCUCCCACAGAAGCUGCCAGUCACUCAGCCUAGUGACUUUGAUGAGGUCCCAGGGGCUGGGACACUGACCUUUUCUCGGCGCUUCCAUCUUGGGGGAUUGACUGCAUCUCUGCAGCCAGGCCUUGGUGCUUCCUUCUUUCUCCCAGUGAACUAGGGAUGGACCCUACGCUUGAGGCUUCACCACACAAGCCACACUACCGCAACUUUCUUCUGGAUAUAGGAGAAAGAGGUGCUGAGGGGCAGAGUUCCUUUUGCUCUGAGGUUAGGCCAUGGACCUCAGACCGUCCACCUGAUGUGAUGCUCAGAGGUGUUGGGGGCCACGGGCCCUUUGGACCUCAACUCCGACAAAGUAGAAGAGUUGAGUUGGAAGACUCGCUCCUUUUUCAGCAAGGGGGCCACUGCUUCUGCCACUGUGCCACAAUGGGCUUCUCCCUCAAGUGUCUCCUGGGGCGACUGGGAACCAAUCUACCUGCAAUGCUGGGGUAGCGUUUGGAGGCUCUCAGUGGCCUUGUCUGUGGUCUUUGCUUGCUCUCUCAUACCAUGUGACUCCCGAAGCCUGGAGUGUGAAAGUAGGUCAUUGGUGCUGGGCGGUACUGAAUUUAGCCAAGCAUUCUGAGGACCCUCCUGGCAAUUCUGGCCCUGGUACUGUCUGAGCCUUGAGGUGAGAAUGGAGGAGAAGUUGAGGUGGAAGACUUUGCUUCUUUUGGAUAUUGUAGGGAACAAGAGCCAAACCUUGUGGGGUGAGAUGCAAGUCCAUGGCUAGGCUUGCAGGCUGGGCUUGCAGGCUGUGCUAACAAAGGUGCUGUCUUCUUCCUCUUCUUGCCUCUGAUGGUGCCCCUUACCUCUGCCUAGCUGACCAAAUGGUGGAAACUGCUGUUGACUGGCCACUGGAUGGCAGCUGUGCUACUGUGUCCCCUGGGCUCCACAGGGGCACAAGGUCUAUCCAUUCCAAAGUGACCUCUGAUUCAUUCUCCUCCUAAGAGGUCUUCCUUCUUGUGACUUUUCUUGGAGGCCAGCAGCAUUCCUGCACUUCAGGAAGCUGUUUUAGCCCUUCCUUGGUGACUGCAAGGCAAAUUGGCAAAAAAACAGUCCCCAUGGUCAAUGCGAUCAGGGUGUGAUAGGCACACUCUCAAGUACUGGCUCUGGGUAUGUGUUUGACAGUCUGGUUAGAAAUAUCUGAAUUUGGGGGUAUAUCCAUUUCUAGGGACCAAUGACCUUUACACUCUGCCUUUGAACUUGGCAGUGACCACUAUGAGCUUCCUAGGGCGUUCAUCUUCCUUGCUGUGGGAGAUCGUGUCUUCCCAAUCCCCUCUUUGGGUCUGGUAGCCUUGCAGAAGUAACCAGUUCCAAACCUAUUCCUGUACUCAGUAUUUUUUCUAUCUUUUCCUCCUGUACCUUGACUGGAAAUGCUAUCUCAGUGUUUAAGCCAAAAUCCAGAAGGAGAGUAACCGGUUUCUCCAGAGAGACUGCAAUUUGCGGGAAAGAAGAUGAAAAGUAAGAAGUGAAUCUUGCUUCUAUUUGGUGGCUGACCACGUAAGGCUUUGCUUCAAGACUCUGAGUGGAAUUCUGUGCAUCUGUGGUCAUUGGUGGCUGUUGGUCCAGCAUCUGAUGCUGGUUUUUGCCUAGCGGCCAGCCUGUCUUCUCCCGUUUUCUUAGACAGAAGAGCACAGGAGAGAGGUCUUCAGAAAGUCUCCCAGUGGAAAGGGUGCAGCGUCACAUGGUACGAACAGACUCUGCACUCCAUCUCCGCAGGCUUAGCUUAUGUGUUUGGGGGAGACUUCGACAGGAUUAUAACAAUUCCUUAUUAUAUUUUCCCAGUGUGUUCUCUCUUGGUUUUUGCACAGUAAUCUAAACUAUUUUAGGUGGAACGGAUCUUAGCUGUUCAUCCUUCUGCCCUUUUUAUAGAGAGAAAACUACGUAAAGUUGGGAUGUGGGAUUGCUUUCUUUCCUCCUCCUGGUGAGGCUGGCACACACCAGCUUCAGGGGAGGCGUCCCAGAGCAUUAGGACAACUUAGUUGCUUCCUAGGAUCUGUAUUUGAGGCUGAGGCAUGUGUAGCUUGAGCCGUUUCUUCUGAUUUUGAUAGCAAAAUCCUUUAGAGGGUUUGGGGUGGGCUGGGAGAAUUGUAGGUAAGUACAUUUUACUAGUAUGUAGAGAACUCUAGGAACUGAAAAGCUAAUGGCUUGGACUUGCUUUGCUUGCAUGUAAAAGUGCUUUGGGAGCACUGCAGGGACUUGGGGGUAGGAGGAUAGAGUCAAGGGCAGAGAUGGGGGUACAGGAGAGUCCCACUGAUGCUUUCUCUGGGAUCCUGAGCAUUUUCACUAGUGCUCAUUGACUUGGCCCUACCCUUUGUUCAGGCUCCAGAAGAGCCUUAGCAGCCAUUCUGCAUUGAAGACAGUAGUUGAUGGGGCGGGUGUGAUUCAGGAAGAGAAGUUAAAGGGAUGGACCGGGGAGAGAAGGCUUGAUCAUGUUCAGGUAUGCAAGACGGAGAUGGAUAGAGUAUUAAACCAAUUGUAGAGAGUACAGGAAUCCUGGGAUGAUGAGGUUAACACCCAAAUAAGGCACUAAGCCUCCAGUUCUCUUUCUGGCCACUCUGCCAGCCCGGAUGAUAGUGCAGAUGGUUGAGGAGGAUCAUCACAAGGAAACGAGUGACUGCCAGGGAGGGCCAUGAAGAGCAGGUUCCCCUGGUGUGGGAAGGAGUAGCCACUGAGAGCAGGUUGUGGGCGGGGCCUGAUAAGCAGACACAGAGUGGAUCUUGGAAGAAAUCUUGCUUAAGGCAGGGCUUUCUGCUUGUAGAACUGACCUCUACGGCUGAUUGCCGGAUACAGACAUCUUCAGGUUUUUCUCUUUGUGGAGUGAAAUCUGGGAGACGGGCCUUCAAAUGCUGUCAGUCCCUGCUUUCCAGUGGAGAGGGAAGGUUGUUCUCGGGAGCUUGGUGCUCAUUCUCCUGACAGCAGGGACAUGCUGUGCUUCUUCUUAUUUGUGUCUGAAAAUGCCCAUCAGGCACUGGUGCUGAUGGUGCCCAGGAGGCUGGGCCUCCAGACUUGUCAGUCUUUCUUGAGCUGUAGAGAGUGUCUUCAUCCCAGAGGCUACACAAUGGCCUGGUAUCUAGAGGUUUUGUCUUCAAUUUCUCUUCCUUUGAUAGUUUAGAUUUACCACAGUGUAGCUAAGGGAGGCAAAUAAUUUCAUCUGAAAUCAGAGACCAUCUCUUCUGUACUCCUUACUGUAUCCAGCUUCCUCUUGGAUCAAGAGGCUAACUGAAAAUCUCUUCAAGAGAAAUCGAUAAACCGAGAAGCAAAGCUCUGGUUGGACUCUAUUAACUCUUACCAACUCAUGCAACUGGGCAUUGCGUGGGGUUGGCUUGUAACUCUUUCACCUUUUGAUGGAUGCUGAAUCAGCAUGGGUCCAGAACCUUCUAUCUGGACCCCUGUCUAUACUUCCAAAUCAGCCUUUCAGGAACAGAUACACUGUCUGCACCAGAUGUUUGGUGUCGUAGAUUGCCAAGAGGGUAGAAUUUUUUUUUUCAUGACCUCAUUUAAAAUAAUAGUAACAAAAAUCCCUAAUCGAUUGAGUCUGAUUCAGAGACACUCCCCAAUCAUAGGGAUUUCUGUGUAGACUGGAAAAAAAUGUAUUAGUGCAAUUAUUUUUUAGUGGCUGGCCGUGCCUUAGGAGGGAAGAGUUGGGAUAUCCUAACUGCUAAGUAGCGGGUUGCUCAGCAGCCAGUCAUUGGACAUUCUCUUCUGCAGUGGGCUGGUUGUUGGCUGCAGCGGUUAGAGAUUCUGAAGAGCACUGGUGAACAGUGAUCAGCUUUGGACCCCUGGUUAGGGAAUUCAACCAAAGCAGUAGAAGAAGCUCAGCCUGCAGCUGGGGCCUUCACUGUACCUUUCCCACCCAACUUUCUCACCAUGAAUGACGGCACCUGUUGUUCUCCUGGGUACUGAAGAAAUAUAUCCCAGCAAUCCCAUCUCCCACUAGCAUGGGUUUCCUGGAUCUGCUUUAGGAAGUAGAGCAAGCUCUUUCUCCACCCACAUUCACAUCCUUUGGGCUCUACUUCCUUCUUCUCCCCACUGUGUGUGGCUCCAGGACCUCUGGCUUCUGCAUGGUCUACAAUAGGGAGGUGGUUGGGCUGGGGAGAGAACUGGGGAGGGUGUAGGGGUUGGACUGGGGAAGGGAAUUUACAUUUUCAACCUUAAAAUACUGUAAGCAUGUUUUGGGGUGAACUGGGAUUUUCACAUAAACUGUGGCAAGGGAAAAUGCCUGAUGCUCCUCAUAGGGGAGGUGGGGACUCAGGGGACAUUUGGCUUCUUUUUGGCUUAGGAAUCUAUUUUAUUUGGUGGAGGAGAAUAAGCCUCCUCACAGUUACCCUGCGAACCUUGGAAGGGAAGCUCAUUCUAUCCCCAAGUAGUUUUAUUGCCUACUAAGAACAAUUAAACAGUCUGUCACAGGUUGACAUUGCCCUGGCUGGGUCCGAGAAAUGAAAGAAGGCACCUGUUUCUCUGCCCGUGUUAGGUUAUCUGCCUGGUCACGACCCCCUGGCCAACUGUUUAUUUCAGUGUUCAGAAGUAAGUGUGUUAGAUGGGUGUGAGUAUCUGGGAUGUGUGGUGUCUGUGUGUGCAGUGUGUGUGUGUGUGUGUGUGUGUGUGUGUGUGUGUGUGUGUGUUGUAUGGCUAUGAUUUUUAUGUGAAUUUGAUGAGUGGGCAUGAGGGAACUGUAGAGAUACCGCUUUGCCUGGGUAGCAUCAGGCCUAGUUAUGGCUGACUCUUUUCUUUGCUAGACAAAUUUCUGUUUGGGUAGGAGGGUCUUACUCAUAAUAUACCAUCCUGAGUGUAUUUUUUAUGGAGAUUGUAUAUAAAAUUAUAUAAAUAUAUAUAACUUGUUCUAUUUUAAGGUGAAAUGAGACUCAUUGGGGGGGGAGGGCAAGAAUCAGAUGCAAUAGUGGUCAUUAACAGUGGGAGCUUCAGGUAAGUUGUCCACGUGGGGAGUGGGAGGAGUGGGUGGGAACGAGAUGUAAGCCGGGCAGGAGUGGAGGCUUGUGCCCUCUGCAGACGUAUAUAAAUGUAAAGAAAACUUAUAUAAAGCUAUCUAUCUAGCAUAUCUAUAUAUCUAUAUAUCUAUAUGAAGUCAUAGUUUGCUUUAUUUUUGUACUUGUGCUUAGAGACACUUUGAGCAGUGUCACCUCCCCCAGGUGGUCCGGGGUGCUAGCUCAUGCCUUGAUACCACCUAUCAAGGUGGUAUCUCCAUCCUUCCUUAGACAUACUGUCUGCUCGAAGAUUCUUGAGCCUUUCUGAUAGAAACGUGUAGAUAUGAAAAAAAUUCAAGUCAUUUUCAGGAAGAGCAAGAGAGCUGAAGGUGGUACGUCUCUUUCCGGUGUGUCUCCUGUUAGGAGGGUUCCCUAACUCGUCCAGUUCGAUAGAGGUGCUCAGUAUAGAAAGGAUGACGGAGAUCUAAGCGUGGAAGCAUGACUCCAUGCUCCUGCAGCUAAGGCUGGUACUUAGUUCCUAGCUCAGCAUCUUGGACAGAGGGAGGUCAGGGUGUCUGGGUCUUACCGUCACGCCUGUCCUGGCUUGUAGCACCUGGGCCCAAGCAGUUCCUCUCUGGAAGGUGGCAGUGAGAUUUUUGAGACUGACUGCGUGGGCUCAGUUUUGGAGAAUAUAACACCCUGGUAAUUAUUGCUGCAGAUUCUUGGAACCAGUGUGAAUGUGAUAUCUAGUAUAAAUAUAGCGUCUGUGCGUUUUCAUUUCUUUUUAAUUGGAAAAUGAGUUGUUGUCGGCAAUGGGGAGUGUGGUCUAGUCCUGGAACACUGAGUGGAAGAUCAGGGAUGAGAGAAUGUUGCUGGGCAGGACUUGAAGGAUCAGUCCCUCUGUUCUCUUCCUCCUUCUUAGCCUGAGGCUUGGAAACUAAAUAAUGUGUUGGAAGGACGUGGUAUGGGUGGAAGGAGUUCAUUUGUGUCUGGACAGAAAGAUGUGCACUCUGAGGAAUACCUCUUUGAGAAUUCGAGACCUCACCUAUGCUGGAAGGGCCAUGCGCCUUGCAGCCUAAGCGGGCAUCUCUUGGUGCUAGCUCUUUCUUCUCACGUGCCAAGUGAUCAGAGUGACAGGCUUGAGACCACUGCCGAAGCCAGGAGAGACUCAGAACUUAGUCUAGUCUUUCUGCUUCUCAUUCAAGAAAAGGCGGGAAAAUCCACUUCUUCCCAAGUAGAACAUGAUGCUAGCUAAGAGUGCCUCAACCAUGGGAAGGACUUUUGGGGGUUUAGGGGUGAUAGGCAGAGUAGGGAGGUAUGGAGCCUUGAGUCUAACUCCUGACCCUUAGGGAGACCUUAUGGUUCCUUCGAUGUUCUGCUCAAAAUACUCAAAUUUUCUCAAGGAUAUUGGAGGAUUAUGGGCUCUGUCCAUGUAGUAUUGGGUGGACUCCAGCACUGGGGCUAACUGAAAGUGUGUCUUUUCCUACCUGCAGCCUCCUCAGGAGGCCAAAAGAGGAUAAGGCUAGGUGUUUUUUGUAAACCUUCUGAGAGAUUGGGCAAGAGGAAGAACAGCAAAUUCUUUGUCCCUUCCUAGCUUGAGUCCCCUCCUCACUUACCAAAGAGGGGUUUCCAUACUAUUUUUUUUUUUUUUUGGUUCUUAGAGCCCACCUCUUCUCUUUGUAUGCAGACGCUAUCUCACUUCUGGUCAUAAAAGAGACCAGCAGAAUUAAGCAUUUUAGCAUCUUAGGGCUCAUACUCCAUGAAGCCCAGAUUCGCUCUGACACUUUCCUCUUUCCACAUUGAGCCAAAGGCUUGAUUCUUAGACACCUCAGCAGCAUCAAGACACGAGAUCACCAUCCUACUUCAUGAUGUCCAACUGGACCCUUCUAUGGAAAUGGGAAGAUGGACGUGUCCCUUACCCUGAAGUUUUAGGACUUGGGCAAAGUAUUACCUUUGCCCUUUCUUUGACCCAGACCUCAGUAAGAUGGUAUACGGUGAGCAUUGGAAGAGAAAGGUCUGGUGACCCAACACCAGUCACCUAAUCUGCAGAAGAGCCAGCUUUCUACAGGGGAACCCAGAACAAGGGUCAGUGUCUGAUUAUACAUGGAAAAGAUGGGUUGUCAUCCUUGAAUCUCUCAGUCAAUGGGAGGGGUGCUCUGGUAAAGCUGCUGCCAGGACCCUGAACUCUUCUGUAUACCUGUGAUUCAUCUUGGUCUCUAGGCCAUGGGAAAGGCUGUUGGAACUGUGAUGUUCUUCCCUAUUGGUAGUAGGUUGAGAGAGUCCAAAGAGAUUGAGUUUGGCUACCUCUGCUCUAUGGAAUGAAUGUGGAACAGAUCUGGAAUUUGCUCUCCCAAGGGUUGCUGUAGCUCUGUCCUUUCUCCGCUGUCCUCAGCCAGGUGCCUGGGGGAAAGGAGGCCCAUCCACAACUCCUCAGUUCUUGCCUGGACCUCACCUUGUGUAAGGUACUCAUGCGGAAUCAUUUUGGGAAAUAUUAACACAAAAGCAUGAGGUAGGUUGAGGGACAGGACACAGCACCCCUCCUGUGGGUGAAGGGUGGAUUAUGAUGCUGAAGUAGGGUUUUUUGUCCUGUUGAGGAAGUGACUAGUGCCGCCUUCAAGGACUGGUAGGAGUUUCUCUGUAGAAUGAAUGAUCUCGAUGUUGGAAUUUGAGGCUGAGGGGUCACAAAGGGAGCAGUGAACCAAGCUCUCUGUUCACGGAGUCCCGUAUGCCACCGUCGGAAAGUCCUGAAGCUCCAUUCAGAUUUAAUUUCUUAACUGCCAUUUGUGGGGCUGGAGGAUGAGGACAGGCAUGGGACAUGCUUUCCCAAGUUACCUGUCCUCAUGGAGUCCCUGACUGGGCAGAGAGCAUCCUGCUUUGGUCAGCAACUCUGGGGCCCCCUUUAUUACCACCUUUUUCUCUUUCAUGAGGAGGGACUACAUCAUCUUGGACAUAUUUCUUCCCUCACUCACCUAAAGGCAGUUUUUGUAUGAAUUCCUUUCCUCCUGUUACCCCCAUCAUCUGUAGACACAGAAAUGGGGAGGCAAAGGAUCCUGGAGCUCCCUGCCAGGGUCCCUCACAGACUGCGCACCUCUUGCACCUAGCAACCUCUGGGCUGUUAGUUUUAACAUACCUGGACAUGACUCUGAGUUUUGUCAUGAGAUCCCAUGCUCUCAUUUCAAACCUUUAUUCUUCCUUUGGCUUUCUUUGGGGGCUCUCCCCAUUCAUGCCUGGUCUUCUUAUGGAGACCAUUCAGACCUCAUUUCCAUUUCUUGAAUGUUAAGUAUUACAUCACUGCGCUAGGGUGCUUCAUGGUGCUGUUCCUGACGAGGCCAGCUGGACGGAAUCAGUCACCUUCGUCCCACUGGUUCCUUAGAUCUUGCUGUAUAUUGUCUUUAUUAGAUGUUUUUUCCUAAGGGGGGCUGGGGUGGGAGGUUUAGGGGUAGUU